GGGCGGAGCCCGGAGGACUACCGGGAUGGCAACGUAUCCGAGCUUUAAAUCGCAGGAGCACACUCGGGCACGGUCAGGCAGAUCAAGAGGAAGUCCUCUGUUGAACAGAGGCGUCAAAAUUCUAACCACCACAGUUAAUUUGGAUCAUAAACAAUCACAUGAAUGGAAGCAACUGUGGUCUUGGUAAGUCCAGAAACAUAUAGGUUACCCAUGAGGAUAAUUAACUAAAAACGUCAAGCUAUGAAGCAUAACUCCAAGAAGAACAGUAACUCAAGAGUUUCUGACACAGAAUUGAACUCUGUGGAUGCUGAAGAGAGUCAAAAUAACUUUUUUGAAAGGCUGCCUCUAGAAGUUACUUUACACAUUUUCAGCUGGCUGGACGUUCAGAGUUUAUGCAGGGCUUCAAUGACAUGCCGGAGCUGGAAUUUCAACAUCAGACUCAGUGACUCCUUAUGGAAACCUCACUGCUGGGCUCUAAGAGCUGUAUGCAAAAGAGAAAUAGAUGAUGAUCUAAAAAGUGGUUAUUCCUGGAGGGAUACACUACUGAGGAAUUACCAGAAGAGUAAAGUGAAGCUUGAAUGGCUAAGUGGCCGAUACAGCAACAUAUGUUCUCCUAUUAACCUACCGGAAAAAAUCAUGUACCCAAUGGAUGCAGAAACGUGGGGAGAAAUUCUAGAAGCAGAACUGAAAAGGUGCAAAAAUCACAAAGCUACCAUAGCUUUGAGAAUUUAAAACUAGCAUGAUUCCUAGAUUGCAAAAUGUAUGUUUUUAUCCAUUCUUUUUUUGUUCACCUUUUUAAAAUAGUUAACAUUUAAAAGAAAACUAAGUGGAAAAUAUUAUAAAAGUAAAGCUUUGUUUAUACUUGGCACUUUAGUAAAAAAUAUUUUUCUGGUUUAUAAGGGGAAAAAUCAUGAAAUGUUUUUAUAUGAGAAACAAUGUACCAGUAGAGUGAUUCCCAAAUGUAUUGUUUCAUGUAUUUGUGUUAGUAUAUUGUGGUACAACUAAUGAUGAUAGAGUUUGGUAUUUUUUGCUUAAUGAUAAUUUGAAAAUUCAGGAAACCAUUUGAAGAAACUGCCUUAACAAUUCAUUAAAUAGUAGGCAUAACUAGGCUCAUUGGAAGAUUACCUAAAUGAAAUUAAUAGCAAUAUGUUUAAAUGUAUAAAAGUUUAUAUUUCAAAAACUUUAAAAUUUUCAUUUCAGUGAAACCAGAUUGAAUGGCCAAACAUUGAAAGCAUCUUAAAACAUACUAAACUUGUGGUUUAGUUUCAAAUUAAUCGGACCCUAGGGCUGAAACGUGUGAGAUUCAGGUUCCCACUACUUGCCUACAGACUUAGAAUUGCUCUCAGGGACUGAAACAAACAGCUGCCAUUCCAUUUUUCUUAGCAAAACUGAUUCUUAUAGCCUUGUAGCACCAUCUAGUGUUCUACUCAUAGAUAACCAAGACAAAGGACUUGGCUCCUUUUUGUUUCUCCACCUUUAAAGAUUUUUAUUUUUAGAGAGUGGGGAAAGGAGGAGGAGAAGAAGAGAAAUCAAUGUGUGGUUGCCUCUCACAUGCCCCCUACUGGGGACCUGGCCUAUGACUCAGGCCUGUGCCCUGACUGGGAAUCCAACUGGUGACCCUUUGGUUCACAGGCCAGCACUCAAUCCACUGAGCCACACCAACCAGGGCUCUCCACAUUUAUAAGAAAGAAAAAUAUUGUUUUAAAGAACCUUAAGUAUAAGACUUAAAGUUUAUAGCUUUCCAGGAAUUUUUAAUUUAACUUUUGUUCUUUUUCUUAAAAGUAGUUCACUAUACCAGAUUGUCCAUUCUGAAUUUGUGGCCAGAACCAGGGUAGAAGGUACUCACAAAACAGUUAGCAUGGGAUUUUCUUCUUCAAUUGUGCUUUAUAGCAUGAAAAUUAGAAUCCAGGAAACCAGUAUUUAACAAAUAGGGAAAUAUCAGAAAGAUACCCCAUUCUCUACAAAUUCCCUUUGUUGGAUGAAGUAGGUGAUGACUCACUGUCUCCUACUGUCUUCUUAGAGUUGGAAGGGGCCUUAAAGAUCCAGCAGCCCUAUUUUUAAGACUACUCAGCAGCCUUGUCUUUAGGAAUGUUUUCCUAUUACCCAUCAUUAAUUCUUUCCUUGGCAGUCUUAUUGUAAAACUUAGCAUCUUGAUCUGGAAACCAUCCCUAGCUUCAACCAUUCUGGAUUAAGUGACUCUGCUAAGGUUCCCUGUAGUUCUUUGCACAUUCCAUCCUCAGAGUUGUCAUACUACAUUAAAUUGUUUUAUUUGUCUCCUCUAGACUGUGAGACUUUUAAUGGCAGGGACCAUUUAUUUAUUUUUGUGUUCCCAAAGCCUGGAACACAGUAGGUAUUCCAUAAAGAUUUAUUAAAUUAUUUAUGUAUUAUUUAAUUCUACCCAGAAUAUGUAAUAAAACUAAUUUAUUAUAUGUUAGUAGGCAAGUACUGAAAUGUAAUGUACAAUGCACAAGAUAUGUGGUAUGCUUGAUAUUAAUGCUAAUAUAUGAAUAAUUGUCCUAGUCUCAAAAGCUGUAAGAGAAAAAUAGAAUUUUAAAAUUUUUAAUAUUUUAAAU